UCUGUGCAGCCUCUGCAACUGGGGAGGAGCACAGCCACAGGGGCGCCAAGAGCAGAACAUCUCAGGGCCAGGGCUCACAGGUCCAGGGAACACCAGUGCCUGUGGGAGCAACAGGACAGGCACUGUGCAGGACCCCGGCUCAGGACCCAUCCCCGUCCUGCAGAGCCAGGGAGAAGCUGAGUCCUUAUGGCACAGGAUGGCACCAGGGCGAGGGGCUGCUUCUGGCUGCAGGGCACGGGGGGUGUGCAUGGCCACCCAGACUGCGCUCUGCAAGGCAGCGGCGGGGCACCGACAGCUGGUGCUGCAAUUGGGGAGCAGCGCUGAUGGCCCCCAGCUGCGCGAGGAGCGGCACAGGAGGAGCGCGGAGGUGCGGGAGCUCAGUGUCGGGCUGCAGAGCGCACUGCUGGCGUGGCUGCGGCAGGCAGCAGGCCCUCAGGAGCGGCGAGAGCUGGAGCGGCUGUGGGUGCUCUUCCUCUCUGCCCUGGAGCUUUUCCUGCAGGACCUGUGCUGCGCCCACCACCUCUGCAGUAUCUUCUCCCCAGGGGUGGGUGGUGUCACCCCACUGCGCACUGGGCUGGGGGGGUGGCGAGGUGGGGGUCCUGAGCUGCCCCCAGCCCCCCCAUGCUUGGAGGAGGAGAUGGAGCAGGUGAAGGCAAUGCUGGUGGAGAUGGAGAGCACGGCCAACAUCCCACUAUGGACAGUGGAAUCCAUGCAUGUGGUGGGGCCAGGAGAGGGCACAGCCCCCGUGUCCUGCAGGCCAGGGCCUGGCACUGGGUCUUGCUGCAGAGUGCUGUGAGCUGCGGGCAGGAAAUGCAGGGUUGACUUGGUUCAGGAGGAUGGGACCCCAUGUGCCCCGGGAGCUUCUCCUGCAGGGCAGUAAUAAAGCCCCACACUACCUGA